CAACCUUUUGAAUUGGUUUGAUCUUAUUAAAUCAUUGCAUUUCGUUUGAAAUCCUACCAAUACAAUAUAAUGCUUUUUUCUGAAGCAGCCACUGAAGCAUUAAAGACUUACCUUGUCAGUACUCUUGAGCGAAUCUCUGAUGCUGACUCUACCGUUCUUGCAGAUUAUGUGAUUGCUUUGCUAAAGCAUGACAAGGCAGUUGCGGCACUAAAAGAAGACUGUCUGGCAGAAUUGGUGGAUUUCUUAGCGAAUGAAACCGAAGAUUUUGUACAGCAACUAUUCGAGGCACUAGCCAAUGAUGCGUUUUCCAAUGCAUCCAUAGCAGGGCCAAGCGAUGCCAUUGAACUAUCCGCUGUAUCUCAUGACCAAUCAGCUACUCAAGAUAUAGAUGCUAAUUCAUCACUUCCAUUAAAACGUUCACGAAAAGAAACCAAUGAUGGCAGUGAUUAUGUUGCACAGUAUAGCGAUGAUCGUCCAGACAAAAUAGCACGAACUGCAUUCAAUACGACUCAAAGUAAUGGGAACCGUGAAUCUGCCUAUAAUAAAUCUGAAUCAUCGACUGAACUUGGAUCCAAACAAUUCGAUGGCUCUCGUGAUAAUAAUCAAGGCAUGGAUCAUCGUUUUGGUUCAAGAAAUGAUCGUGACUCUCGAUCUAACAAUACCAGAGGAAAUAACAAUAUGGACAGUCGAAGAGGCCACUGCUUCAACUAUGAAGCAAAAGGCUACUGUCUUCGAGGAGAAGCAUGUCCCUACAAUCAUGGGCCUGAGGCUUUACUGAUUGACAAUAUGAAUGCUACCGCUCGCCAAAACGGUAUGACAGGCUUUGGAAUGAACUCGGCAAUGAUGCAAGGAAAUGGUACGAAUCAAGGAAAUUUCCCGCAAAUGGGAACAAGACCUAUGGAUCCAUUAUCUGGAGCUGGCUCUCGUCCUCAAUUUAACCAACAAGGCCGCUCAUGGCCUACUCGUGGCGGUGGUCAAUCUGGUCGUGGAGGAUUCGCAGGCCAUACUUACCAACAGCGUACUCGAAAAUCUGAUACAGUACUCGUUGUUGAAAAUAUUCCGUUAGAAUCUUGCGCCAUGGAUAAAGUUAAUGCCUAUUUUAAAGCUUUUGGUGCACUAACGAAUAUUCAGGUAGAUCCAGCAACCCAAAAGGCAGUCAUUCAAUAUUCUAAUGCGCACGAAGCCUUGGAUGCAUAUCGGUCGCCUGAUCCUAUUUUUGGCAAUCGAUUUGUCAAGGUGUAUUGGCAAACGGAACCAGUCAACAGUGGUCCAGUGCAUGGAUCUGACGGUAAGCCUGCAGUUGCAUCACACAAUCGCUACCAGCUACGAACUGAUGCAUCACAGACUGCGGGUGGAGCAACCGUACCUGCUGAACAUGCAACCAACGAUGGUACAGCAGCAGAUGCACAUCGUGCUGCAGCUGAGGAGCUUCGUCGUAUGCAGCAGGAGAAAGCUAAAGCUAUACUCGAAUUGCACAAAAGUCAAGAAGCACUGAUUUCCAAACAGAUUGGCGAGCAAAAGAAAAUGAUGGAGCGAUUGGAAAAGGACACGACGCUAAGUGCUAAAGAUAGAAAGGAGUUGCUACUGAGUAUCAAAUCACUCUCACUUCAAACUGAGAGCAUGGUCGCAAAGGCAGCCACUCAAGCUCAAAGUAUAAAAUCACGAGCUACUGCCAAACCUGUCACGACUACUUCUACUACAGAUGCAGCAGCAGGCGAAUCUGUAGAUCCAGAGUUGCAAACACAACUUUUGGCACUCAAGGGCGAGGCUCAGAGUUUGGGCAUCACUGACCCGACUGCAAAACCAGUUGCAGGGUUAGGACGUGGACGUGGCGGAUGGAAUCGUGGACGUGGCGGAUAUACUCCCAGAGCAUUUAAUAUUGACAAUCGAUCAACCAAGAUUUCCAUCUCUCCUGUUUCAGAAUCCAAUUUGGAGGCUAUCCGGACUCAUUUUGAGGCUUUUGAUGGAUUCGUUGAAUUUGUAAAAUUGGGUGAUGACUCGGCAAUGGCCAGCUAUCAAAUGCGCUGGCAAGCCGAAAAGGCCAUGUCCAGCCAAUUGAGUGGUGAAGGAAUGUCAGAGGUUGAGCUUCAAUGGGCGACAGUAGCAACAGGAGUAACAGAGUCUACUGAGCCAGCACCUGAAUAACUAUGAAAUGAAAUUUACUUUAACUGGUGGUCUUGUGAACACUUGC